AUGCUUUACUUCCUUUUAGUCUCAAUUGUGAGUGCAGAAACAAACCCAGAAGCCAUUAUAAUAGAGCCACUUCCAAGAGUAGAUUCUCAGCCGAGCUUAAUAGGCCAUCCCCCUUGUGGAUCUUCAACAAAAGGAAAGUCUCACUUGUUAUCAGAUCCGGGUUCCUUGAAUCCCAUUUCUUGACUUGUUAAGACUCCUUCACCUACAGGAAACUGCACUCUUCGCCUUUCACACGGAACUGACUACUCAAUUUACGAAACUUUACUUCCUACCGACAACUCAGCUAACUCAACUGGAUAUUUCCCAUGUGGUCGCAAGGCAAGCUCUACUGAAUUUAAAAUCGUUGUUUUUCCUUCAAAAAUAAUUUGUGAUUUGUGCACGCUACAAUGAAUUUGGGAAACAGAAAAAGGUACCCACUAUCAGUGUAUUGACGUUGAAAUAUCUAAUACAGUACAAAGCUCAUGCUUUGGUAAAUGCUUAAAUGGUGGGGUAUGUGUAGAUAAAGAAUGCCAAUGCGUACAAGGAUACAGUGGCCAGUUUUGCCAAAAAACUGCAGAGGAAGCAGAAGGGGUCAACCAUCUUGAGAUUUUCGCAGUUUUCGUUGUGCUGCUACUCCUAGCUGGGAUCCUUGGCUUAGUCGUUUAUUGGCAAGUCCACCACUCCCAAAUUCCAAGAUCAGAAGAACUUUUCUUAAAACGGCAUAUGGGCUGGUGCAUGAGAGGUAGAAAUGAAGACCUGGAAAGAAUUGACAGACAAGGGACCGUUAUUUCAGAAGAAAGGUACAAAGCCAAUGUUUAG